UUGCACAGGGUCGCGAGAAGUUGUCAUCUAUGCCUGUUGGUGGUGCAGCGCCCGUGGCCGCGGUCGCUGUUGCUGCAGCACCAGCAGCUGAGGAGAAGAAGGAAGAGAAAGAGGCCAAGAAAGAAGAAUCUGAGUCCGAUGAUGAAGAUAUGGGCUUCGGUCUCUUUGACUAAACACUUUUUAACGUUUGUGCGGCGCACGCGGUUUUUUAUUCCAAUUUUGGUGUAA